CGGUGACCACAACAUGGCUGCGGCGCCGGGGCUGCUCUUCUGGCUGCUCCUGCUCGGGCUGCCCUGGCCGGUGCCGGGCCAGCCACACGCGGGCACGAGCCGGCGCUUCUCGGAGCACAAGCUGUGCGCGGACGACGAGUGCAGCAUGUUAAUGUACCGGGGUGAGGCUCUAGAAGAUUUCACAGGCCCCGAUUGUCGUUUCGUGAGUUUUAAAAAAGGUGACCCCGUAUAUGUCUACUAUAAACUGGCAGGGAGACCGCCUGAAGUUUGGGCUGGAAGUGUUGGACGUAUUUUUGGAUAUUUUCCAAAAGAUUUAAUCCAAGUAGUCCAUGAAUAUACCGAAGAGGAGCUACGGGUUCCCACAGAUGAGACAGAUUUUGUUUGUUUUGAUGGGGGAAGAGAUGAUUUUGACAAUUACAACGUAGAAGAGCUUUUAGGAUUUUUGGAAUUGUACAAUUCUGCACCUGGAGAUUCUGAGAAAGCUACAGAAAAAACCGGGCUUGAGGACACACCUCUUGAAGUACUUGAGGAAAGCAACCUUGCACCUGAAUCUGAACUUGAACCUGAACCAGUAGAACUUAACUCAGAGGAGAGAGAAAGUGUGUUCUCAGAAAACUCGAAGGAACUCAGGGAAAGAUCUGCGGCUCAGAGGAACCACCCUCACUUAAACAGCCAAGCAGAUCAUGCUCAGGGAGACCAGCUUGCAUUUGAACCUUUUGAGGAAAUGCUACAAGAUAAACUGAAAGUGCCGGAAAAUGAAAACAACAAAACCAGCAAUGGGUCUCAGCUCUCGAGUGAACAGGAGAAGAUUGAUGCUUAUAAACUUUUGAAAAAAGAAAUGACUCUGGACUUAAAAACCAAAUUUGGCUCGACUGCCGAUGCCCUUGUCUCUGAUGAUGAGACAACCAGACUUGUUACUUCAUUAGAAGAUGAUUUUGAUGAGGAGCUGGAUACUGAGUAUUACACAGUUGGCAAGGAAGAUGAGGAGGAUGAAGAAAACUUGGACGACCUGCCGUUACUGACCUUCACACACGCUGGGGAAGAUGUGAAGGUCCCAGUGAAGUCUGGAGCUCAGAAAUAUCCAACAGAUACAGAGCAGAAUACAAAAGAAAAGGAUAAGGUUGAGGUGACUCAGCCCCCUGGCAUCAAAAACUAUGAUCAAAAUAUACUAACAACCUGGGAGGAUACUGUCUUCUCCUUCACAGAUGGUGACAGACAAACAGGCUUGGACAUAGGGAGUUCUGACCCAGAGGAAGCAAGGGAGGGUGGUGACGCAUUCAUCCCAGAUAGCAAAUGGGGGAAACCACAAUCAGCACCAGAUUACGCCGACCCCCAAAAAGCAGAAGAUGGGCUUUUGACUGUAGAGGCCCCUAAAACAAAUAAUGACAAAGACCCGGAAAUUCACUUUACAGGAAACGGGAGGAAAGUUGAGGAAUCCAAGAAGGGCCUGGCGCAGGCUGAGAUGGGGCUGGAGGGGAAGGAGGAAGGCAUGAAGGCACACGGUCCUACUCAAAGCAGUGACCUCGGCUCUUUGCCAGCUGCUGGAAAGAGUAAAGACAUGUCGGAAUCAGCUUUUGAUAACAAAGAAAAUGACCUAGAAGGAGCAGCUGUUCACACGUCAAAAGGAAUGCUCCAUGAAGAAAAGCCUGCAGAGCGGAUUUUGGAGGGUGGCUCGGAGCGUGAAGCGGUACCCAAAGCUGCAGGGAGUCAAGUGACCGAGGAAGGGAUGGAGCAAGAAUCCGUGGGCAUCGCACCAAUGCCGGGGGGUAGUCCGCAUAACGCAUCCAAAGACAACGCGGGAGAAGUGCGCGCUUUAGUAAGUGCACCAAAACCGCACACGCUUUCACUGGAGCCUCCACACGAAGGAUUUCAAGAGGAACAGCGUCUUAAGACUGACGGUCAGCCUAGGCCUUCCCCUCCAGAUGAAGCUGAUUUGCCAAGAGAACCGGAAGAAGAGGGUCCCACUGUGGGAAGAAAUCUUUCCUGGCCACAAGGAAAAGAGGUGGCCCAUGCACAUGAUAGGCAGAUGGAUGAGAAGUUACAGCUCUCCAAGGAAGUGGUCGAAGAGGACUCCUCAGGGGAAGAAAUGGCUCCUUACAAGCCCACGGCGGGCACGCAGGAAGUGGAGACAAGAGGCCAGGUGGAUAGCCUGGAAGGGCCAGGUUUCCAUCCCGAGACACCAGAAGCAGAAGCUGAUUACGUCCCUGAACAACUACUGGAGGAUGAAAAUGCUCUAAGUGCAAAACAGUCUAAAGAAAAAAGCCCUGAGAUUCAAGGUGGGCGGUUAGAUGUUCAUCCUCAGGCCCCCGCAGGGGCCAUGUUAGGCACUGUUAGUACUGAUGCAGAAGCAGAAGGAAACAAAGAAGAAACUAGUAAUGUCUUGGAAAUUGAAAGAGAAAGUGGAACUUUGGGCAAAGGGGUGGACCCAGGGGGCAGGGAAGCGGGUGGUGGGGUGGUGGAAAAAGAAAGCCCUCUUGUGGGUAAGAGAGCACAGAGACCAUCUGAAGGAAGUGACUCUCCUGACCAAAAAAAUCAGACCCCAGAGUUAGGGGAAGUGUUUGAGAAUCAAGAUUCUGAUCAUUUUCAAGACAGCCCUGAGGAAUACCUGAAGACCUCCGGGCCCGCUGAGCAGCCCCGGGUGGAAGGACUCUCCAGAGAGGACCAGGAGGACUUGGAGAGGGUGGCGGACACAGAGGGCCAGGGGUCUGCAGUUGAGGAGCACGACGGCGACCUGUGGCACUGGACUGCGCACAGGGCUGUGCAGCCGCCGCACGGGGACCGGGGGAACGACUUGCCUAUCCUCAGCAGCUUCUUUAAAGACCAGCAGUCUCUGCGGCGGUUCCAGAAGUACUUCGACGUCCAUGAGCUGGAAGCCAUGUUCCACGAAAUGUCAUUAAAGCUGAAGUCCGCGCAGCGGGAGAGCCUGCCCUAUAAUGUGGAAAAAGUCCUGGACAAGGUCUUCCGUGCGUCUGAGUCCCAGAUUCUGAGCAUAGCAGAGAAGAUGCUGGACGCUCGUGUGACCGAAAACCGAGAGCUGGGCACCAAGGAAAAUAACAUAUUUGAAGAGGCGGCGGUCCUUGACGACGUUCAAGACCUGAUCUAUUUUGUGAGGUACAAACACUCCACCAUGGAGGAGACCACGCCGCUGGCGACGGCUCCACCCACGGAGGAAGGCUGGGCUGGCGCCACGGAAGGAAUAGAGCCACCCCUUGAAGAUAGUUUCCCACAAGAUCACACAGAAGACCUUAGAGCACAGAUUCCCAAAGAGCCCAGCCAGUUGGAUCAACUUGGGACUGGUGACAAGGGUGGCUCAGAAGUGUCACAGAAGCCGAAUACUGAGAAGGACAUAGACCCAGGGAUAAUUCCAACAGAAAGCAGUCCUGUUGAUGCUGUUGAUGCAAAAAAGAAACUAGAAACAAAUGCUGAAGAGCCAGCAAGUGUCUCACCUUUGGAAAAUGCAAUUCUUAUAAUAUAUUCAUUCAUAAUUUAUUUAACUAAGACGUUGGUUGCUACAUUGCCUGAUGAUGUUCAGCCUGGGCCUGAUUUUUAUGGAUUGCCAUGGAAGCCUGUACUUAUCACAGCCUUCUUGGGAAUUGUGUCAUUUGCCAUUUUCUUCUGGAGAACUGUCCUUGUUGUAAAGAAUAGAGUAUAUCAAGUCACUGAACAGCAGAUUUCUGAGAAGUUGAAGAAUAUCACGAAAGAAAAUGCAGAACUUGUACAAAAAUUGUCAAAUUAUGAACAGAAGAUCAAGGAAUCAAAGAAACAUGUUCAGGAAACCAAGAAACAGAAUAUGAUUCUGUCUGAUGAAGCAGUUAAAUUUAAGGAUAAAAUCAAGAAACUUGAAGAAACGAAUGAACUUCUGGAUGAUACAGCAAAAAAUCUGCGUGUUAUGUUAGAAUCCGAGAGAGAACAGAAUGCAAAGAAUCAGGACUUGAUUCUGGAAAACAAGAAGUCUAUAGAGAAGUUAAAGGAUGUUAUUUCAGUGAAUGCCUCCGAAUUUUCAGAGGUUCAGAUUGCUCUUAAUGAAGCUAAACUUAGCGAAGAGAAGGUGAAGUCUGAAUGCCAUCGGGUUCAAGAAGAAAAUGCUAGGCUUAAGAAGAAGAAAGAGCAGUUGCAGCAAGAAAUCAAAGAUUGGAGUAAAUCACAUGCUGAGCUCAGUGAACAAAUUAAAUCAUUUGAGAAGUCCCAGAAAAAUUUGGAAGUAGCUCUUACUCACAAAGAUGAUAAUAUUAACGCUUUGACUAAUUGCAUUACACAGUUGAAUCGCUUAGAUUGUGAAUCUGAAUCUGAGGGUCAGAAUAAAGGAGGAAAUGAGAUGGAUGAAUUAGCAAAUGGAGAAGUGGGAGGUGACCGGAAUGAGAAGAUGAGAAAUCAAAUUAAGCAGAUGAUGGACAUUUCUCGGACGCAAACUGCAAUAUCAGUAGUCGAAGAGGAUCUAAAACUUCUACAAUUUAAGCUUAGAGCCUCGAUGUCUACUAAAUGCAACCUGGAAGGCCAGAUAAAGAAAUUGGAAGAGGAGCGCAGUUCGCUGCAGUCGGCCAAAGCCGGCCUGGAAGGCGAGUGCAAAACCCUGAGGCAGAAGGUGGAGAUUCUGAACGAACUGUAUCAGCAGAAGGAGAUGGCUCUGCAGAAGAAACUGAGUCAAGAAGAGUAUGAGCGGCAAGACCGAGAGCAGCGGCUGUCAGCUGCAGAUGAAAAGGCGCUUUUGGCUGCAGAGGAAGUAAAAACGUACAAGCGCAGAAUUCAAGAAAUGGAGGAUGAAUUACAGAAAACCGAGCGCUCGUUUAAAACCCAGAUUGCUACUCACGAGAAGAAAGCUCAUGAUAACUGGCUCAAGGCUCGUGCUGCAGAAAGAGCUAUCGCUGAGGAGAAGAGGGAAGCUGCCAACCUGAGACACAAGUUACUGGAAUUAACCCAGAAGAUGGCAGUGCUGCAGGAAGAGCCCGUGAUUGUGAAGCCACGGCCGGGAAGACCCAGCGCCCAGAACCCUCCAUGGAGAGGUCCUCUGAGCCAGAACGGCUCUUUUGGUCCAUCUCCUGUGAGUGGGGGGGAGUGCUCCCCUCCCCCGACGGCUGACCCACCUGCCAGACCGCUCUCUGCUACCCUCAAUCGAAGAGACAUGCCUAGAAGUGAAUUCGGAUCAGUGGACGGGCCUCCACCUCGUCCUCGAUGGUCAUCUGAGGCAUCUGGGAAACCCUCUGCCUCUGAUCCAGGACCCGGUGCAGCUCCCAUGGCGAACAGCAGCUCGAGAAGCUCUUCCCCUACUAAGGUGAUGGAUGAAGGCAAGCAAACUGUUGCCCAAGACCCCGAAGGCCCCUCAGCUCCCAGCAUUCCAUCUGUGGCUGAGCAGUCAGUAGUAGUUCCUAUGGCUGCAAAAGGGCCUCCUCCUUUCCCAGGGGUGCCCCUCAUGAGCUCGCCCGUGGGAGGCCCUCUACCACCCCCCACUCGAUACGGACCGCCACCCCCGCUCUGCGGGCCUUUCGGGCCUCGGCCGCUGCCCCCACCAUUUGGUCCUGGCUUACGUCCACCACUAGGCUUGAGGGAAUACGCGCCAGGCAUUCCACCUGGGAAGCGGGACCUGCCUCUCGACCCUCGAGAAUUUCUCCCGGGACACACACCUUUUAGACCUUUAGGCUCUCUUGGCCCGAGAGAGUACUUUAUUCCCGGUACUCGACCACCACCGCCAACCCACGGCCCCCAGGAUUAUCCGCCUCCACCUGCUGCAAGAGACUUCCUGCCUUCUGGCUCCAGAGACGAGCCCCCCGCUGCCUCACAGAGCAGCAGCCCGGACUGUUCACAGGCUUUAAAACAGAGCCCGUAACUCUGACCUCUGACGUUCAGUCUGAGAGAAAGUGGGCUGGGCACAUUGGUUACGGUAAAGGAUUUCAUUGGCUUCAGAAUCCAGAAGUUUAUUUUAAAAGGUAUGUUUUUAGAACCAAGCUGCCCUGGCAGUGUGCAUUUUUGAGCCAAACAAUUGAAAAAUACCAUUUACCCCCCUAAAUAAAAACCACCUCAUAAGCUAGAGCCUUCUGACAACCUUGAAAUGUGCAAUAAAGAAUACCUGUGUUCUAGUUAA